AUGUUCAACGUCAACGACAGACCUAGCCCACUGAUCGAGUAUGAUUGCGAAGCGACAGCUGUUAAGAUCGAUCCCGUGAGCGGAUACUUCAUCAAUAUCUCAGACAUCCGCUGGCGAGAGUAUCCACAGCUUGAAGGCAAGUGCACUGCAAUUCGGGAUUUUACAAGCGGACUUCUGACCUCAACCCCAGGUAUUACAUAUCUCGAUCACUCCGGCACGACCUUGUAUGCCCAGUCGCUCAUUGAUGCCUGCUCCAGCGACCUCAAAACCAACCUCUUCGGCAAUCCUCACUCUGGCGCAGCUUCGUCCCAGCUCACCUCCUGUCGCGUGGAAGACAUACGGAGAAGAGUGCUCCAGUUUUUCAAUGGGUCCGCUAACGAGUGGGACGUUGUAUUUGUGGCCAACGCGACCGCCGCAAUCAAGCUUGUUGGGGAAGCAUUUCGCGACCAGCCAUCUGGCUUCGACCUAGGCUACCAUGAAGAAUGCCACAACAGUGUUGUCGGACUGAGGCAAGUUGCGCAACACUCACAAGUCGUCAAGGAUACACAGACAUUCGACGACUGGUUGCGGAGCAGAAUACGUUUCAGCCACCUUCGACGACGACCCGAAAGGCCCAAGCUCAUCGCCCUGCCUGGCCAAUCGAAUCUGAGCGGUGUGCGUGAUAAUGCACUCCUCACAGCCGUCUGUCAAAAGGUGAAGCAUGAGCAGAGUCGCGGCAGAUCAGUGUACUCACUUCUUGACGCCGCAGCCUUGGCUUCGACGGCUCCUGUCGAUCUGGCAAAGUCAUGCUAUAGGCAUGACUACAUCUCGUUGUCCUUCUACAAGAUUUUCGGAUUGCCAGACCUAGGAGCGCUACUCGUGAAGAAGGGUCCCGCCGCUGAUAUACUGCUGGCGAAGAGAUAUUUUGCUGGCGGGACUGUCGAUCUUGUCAUUCCCGGCUCCGACCCCUACCACAUACGGCACUCGAAUGUCCAUGAAGCACUUGAGGAAGGCACGAUUCCAUUCCACAACAUUCUUGUCCUUGGCCACGCCUUGGACGUUCACACACGCAUCUAUGGAUCGAUGCAGAACAUAACACGUCAUGUGCGUUGUAUUACGAACUCAGCACGGGAGCAGAUGCUGGCUCUGCGGCAUAAGACAGGCGCGCCAGUCGUGCGAGUGUAUUGGUCGUCCGAACCCGAAUCGCAGGGACCGGUCAUCGCCUUCAGUGUCCUGGACGCUGCCGGUCAUCAUUUUCGUGCGUCUGAUGUCGAGCUAUCGGCGAUCGAUGCGAAAAUCCACCUGCGAAAAGGCGGGAUGUGCAACCCAGGCGGCGUUGCCAAAUAUCUGGAUAUCACUGCAAAACAAAUGAGAGAUUUCUACGCACGAGGUAUCAAGUGCUCGGACGACUCGAGAGCACCGCCCGGCUUCUAUGGAGCUGUCGGCAUCAUACGAGUGAGCUUCGGCGCCAUGAGUAGCACGGAAGACGUGGAAGCACUGACGAAAUGGCUACGCGAGACUUUCGUCAACCGAGAAGCUGAUAGUCUAAGCUAUGAGGAUGGCCGUGAAGAUACAACAUCAUCGACUGCAUUCGACGGUGAGGGUGAGCGGAAGUCAGAGAAGGAGACCGUCACGAAGUUGGAGGUAGGCCCAGGUCCACGGCCCAGAGCACUGCGACGCAUACUUUCGUGCUUCAGGUGA